AUGCGGUCGUUCGGGCGGACGGGGAGCUCGAGCGCGGUCGCGUCGACGACGUGCAGCGGCGCGUCGGGAGGGCGAGGGCGCGAACGAGGACGGGCGAGGCGAGCGAGGCGAUGGUGCGGGGGGGCUGGGGCGGCUGGGGGACGGCGAGCGGGGCGCGCGAGGCGUGAGGGCGAUGGAGACGGCGCCGAGCGGAUAACCGCUGCGCGCGCGACGCGAGGCGAGAGUGAUCCCUCGACGAGAUCGAGCGCGCUGGACGACGCGGACGAGGAGUACGACGUGGUGGUGAUCGGGAGCGGGAUCGGUGGGCUCUCGUGCGGGGCGCUCUCGGCGAAGUACGGGUACAAGACAAAGGUAUUUGAGAGCCACUAUCUCGCGGGCGGGUGCUGUCACAUGUUUGAUCAUCGCGCCCCGGACGGUUCGCUGUACAAGUUCGAGGUCGGGCCGUCGAUUUGGGAGGGUUUGGAUCGUCCGACGGGGAACCCGUUGCGUAUGGUGUUCGACGCGCUCGGGGAGACGGUGCCGGUGAAGACGUACGACGGGAUAUCCAUGUGGACGCCAGAGGGGCACUGGAGAUUUCAGACAGGGGAUGACGACGCGCCAGGUGGAUUUUGCGACUUGUUGAGAGAGAAGGCGACCGAUCCCGAUCUCGCCAUCAAGGAGUGGAAGGCGCUGAAGGGUCGAUUGGAACCGCUGUACGAUGCGCUUGACGCGUGUCCUCUCACCGCGCUUCGCCAAGACGCAGGUCUAUUGGUGAGCACCGUGAUUGCCAUUCCCUUCUACCUCACGCACCCGCAGGUCAUGCUAGACAUUCCGUAUAUUUUGGACUCGUUUCAUAAGUUAUCACGACAGUACGUCACGGAGCCGUUUUUGAAGCAGUGGAUCGAUAUGCUCGCGUUUUUCAGUGGCUUCCCGGCAGAGGGGACGAUGGGCGCGACAAUGAUCUAUAGCAUUCCCGGAUUCCAUCGCCCCGGAGCGUCACUGUGCGCCCCAGAGGGAGGUACACAAGCGGUGGUGGAUAAGCUUCAGCACUGCUUGGAGAAGUUCGGUGGAGAUCUCCAGCUAAAAGCGCACGUUGACGAGAUCAUCGUCGAGGAUGGCGAGGCCAAGGGUGUGCGUCUUCGCAACGGCAAGAUCAUCAAAGCAAACCACGCGGUCGUGUCGAACGCUACGAUUUGGGACACCGUACCGAUGCUACCGAACGCUGAGGAGCUGCAGGCGCAGGGAUUAGAUAGAGCGGUGGAAUGGAAGGAGGAAAUGUCGGAGAUCCCCGCGUUGGGAAGCAUCAUGCACCUGUUCCUCGGGAUCGACGCCACAGGUUUGCCCGAUCUCGAUCCGUCGCACCUGUGCGUGAUGGAUUGGAACAGGCCUUUGGGAGAUCCUCAAAAUGUUGUUACCAUAUUUAUUCCCACCGUGCUCGACCCAGAAGUCGCACCGGACGGAAAACACAUCAUCCACGUGUACACGGCUGGGAGCGAGCCGUAUGACAUUUGGGAAGGCAAGGAUCGAGGCAGCAAGGAGUACACCGAUUUCAAGCGAGAGCGCGCGUCGAUCCUCUGGGAUGCGAUUGAACGUAUCAUUCCGGAUAUCCGCAACCGCGUCGAGGUGGAGGUGUACGCGUCUCCGCAGACGCAUCAACGCUUCCUGAGACGUCAUCGAGGCACGUACGGACCGGCGUUACCUGCGGGCGGCAGCCUCUUCGGCUUCCUGCCGCUCCCUGAAGUCCCUCAACCCGGUGUGUUGUCUCCUAUUCCCAAGUUAUUGCGCUGCGGUGACUCGGUAUUCCCCGGCGUUGGCGUUCCCGCGGUGGCUGCCUCGGGCGCCAUCGCCGCGGCGACGCUCGCCCCGCUCCCCAAGCACCUCAGCCUCAUGGCCGAAGUCGCCAUGACCCAGAACGCAUUCUGGCGCGAACACGGCGGCAAAGACAAGUGGCUCGCCGAGACGCCGUCCCCAUUUCACCCCCGAACCGGCGGCGGCGCCGAGUUCAUGACCCCCGAUCAAGCCGGCUGGUACACUCCCGCGCCCGUCGCUCGGAAAUCUGUCGUCGCCGUCGGCAAGGGCGGCGUCGUUGCCGCGUCCGAGCGAUCCGUCACCGACCCCUAA